GGGGGCGGUACUGCUCUGGAAACAGGCAGGAAACCGGCAGCUGAUAGAGUAGCGCCCCCCAGUGGAGGCCUGCUAUUGUUGACAUGACGAUCAGAGAGAAUCAAUGGAGACAAACUGGACAUAAAAGAUCAUUUAAAGCCACUAAACUGUCACCAGUGGAGGAGGGCGGAGCUUCUCAGCGGUCCUGAUGGAGGACACGGAUCCGGAUCUUUCCCCCGCCCCCUCUGAUCAGAGCAGCCCCUCCUCCCCCUCGCCGUCCCUGUCCCUCCCCUCCACGCCCUCGUCCUCCGGCGGCGGCCCGCAGGCCGUCACCCCCCCUCUGGGCGUGAUCAGCGAGGGCGUGGGCGAGCUCAGCCUGGUGAUCGACGCCGCGGUGGCCCAGCGGGCGUGUCAGGAGGUUCUGCAGAAUGUCAAGCUAAAUCAGCUAGACGCUGAUGUCACAGCGCUGCACAACGGGCCCGACGAGGAGCCUGACGCCACUGCUGUAGCACCCGCUGCUGCCACUGGCACCCUCGCUGCUUCCACUGGUGUCCCCGCUGCCACUGGCACCCCCGUUGCUGCCACUGGCACCCCCGUUGCUGCCACUGGCGCCCUCGCUGCUGCCACUGGCGCCCCCGCUGCCACUGGCGCCCUCGCUGCUGCCACUGGCGUCCACGCUCCGCCUGUUGGAGCCCCCGCCGCUCUAAAAGCGCUGAAGAUGGACCCCGACCCCGAGGGCCCGGCACCCGGCUCGGUGAAGAGCGCCCGGCGGCGACAGAGACACAAUCCCUCCAAGCAGUCGUGGCUGCUGCGCCUGUUCGAGUCCAAGCUGUUUGACGUCUCCAUGGCGAUCUCCUACCUGCACAACUCCAAGGAGCCCGGCGUGCAGGCCUACAUCGGGAACCGGCUCUUCAGCUUCGGCCACGAGGAGGUGGACUUCUACCUGCCGCAGCUGCUCAACAUGUACAUCCACAUGGACGAGGACGUGGGAGACGCCAUCAAGCCCUACGUGGUACACCGCUGCAGACAGAGCAUCUCCUUCAGUCUACAGUGCGCCUGGCUGCUGGGAGCGUACUCGUCCGACAUGCACAUCUCCACGCAGCGACACUCUCGAGGCACCAAACUGAGGAAGCUCAUCCUGUCCGACGAGCUCAAACCUGCGGGGCCGCGGGCUCGCAGAGACCCUCUGACUCUGACGCCUUUCUGCCCCGUGGCGUCUGCCCCCGGCGCCGCAGGAGAGCACGGCCUGUCGCCGUCCAAACGUACACAUCAGCGCUCCAAGUCGGAUGCCACGGUCAGCAUCAGCCUGAGCAGCAACCUCAAGAGAACGGCGAGCAACCCCAAGGUGGAGAGCAGCCAGGAUGAGGACAGCAGCUGCAGCUCAGACAGUCUGGAGUUUCAGACUCGUCCCCCGGUGCGUCUGGCCCCUCAGAGGGAGUUUAUAAAGUCUCUGCUGGGCAUCGGGAAGCGUCUGGCGACCCUGCCGACCAAGGAGCAGAAGACCCAGCGUCUGAUCUCAGAGCUGUCGCUGCUCAACCACAAGCUGCCGGCCCGCGUCUGGCUGCCCACGGCCGCCUUCGACCACCACGUGGUCAGGGUCCCGCACACACAGGCCGUGGUGCUGAACUCCAAGGACAAGGCUCCGUACCUGAUCUACGUCGAGGUUCUGGAGUGCGAGAACUUCGAGACGUCCAGCGUCCCGAUCCGGAUCCCUGAGAACCGGAUCAGGAGCACCCGUUCGGUGGAGAACCUGCCGGACUGCGGCAUGACCGCGGACCAGAGGGCCGGCAGCUUGUCCACGGUCCCAAACUACGACAACGACGACGAGGCCUGGUCCGUGGACGACAUCGGAGAGCUGCAGGUGGAGCUCCCAGAGAUCCACACCAACAGCUGUGAUAACAUCAGUCAGUUCUCAGUGGACAGCAUCACCAGUCUGGAGAGCAAAGAGCCGGUGUUCAUCGCUGCCGGAGACAUCAGGCGGCGUCUGUCGGAGCAGCUGGCCCAGGCCCCCACCACGUUUAAACGGGACCCUGAGGACCCGUCGGCCGUGGCCCUGAAGGAGCCCUGGGAGGAGAAGGUCCGGAGGAUCCGAGAAGGCUCUCCGUACGGUCACCUCCCCCACUGGCGGCUGCUGUCUGUGAUCGUUAAAUGUGGAGACGACCUGAGACAGGAGCUGCUGGCCUUCCAGGUGCUGCAGCAGCUCAAGUCCAUCUGGGAGCAGGAGCGCGUCCCCCUCUGGAUCAAGCCCUAUAAGAUCCUGGUGCUGUCGUCAGACAGCGGCAUGAUCGAGCCCGUGGUGAACGCCGUGUCGCUGCACCAGGUGAAGAAGCAGAGCCAGCUGUCUCUGCUCGACUACUUCCUGCAGGAGCACGGCGCCCCCACCACCGAGGCCUUCCUGUCGGCUCAGAGACACUUCGUCCAGAGCUGCGCUGGGUACAGCGUCAUCUGCUACCUGCUGCAGGUCAAAGACAGGCACAACGGGAACAUCCUAUUGGACGCUGACGGUCACAUCAUCCACAUUGACUUUGGCUUCAUCCUGUCCAGCUCUCCCAAAAACCUCGGCUUCGAAACGUCCGCCUUCAAACUCACCACGGAGUUCGUAGACGUGAUGGGAGGUCCUGAUGGAGACAUGUUUAACUACUACAAGAUGUUGAUGCUUCAGGGUCUCAUAGCAGCCAGGAAACACAUGGACCGAGUCCUGCAGAUAGUGGAGAUCAUGCAGCAAGGUACCCAGCUGCCCUGUUUCCAUGGCAGCAGCACAAUGCGCGGCCUGAAGGAGCGUUUCCACAUGAGUCUGACGGAGGAGCAGCUGCAGGUGCUGGUGGACCAGCUGGUGGACGGGUCCAUGAGGUCGCUGACCACCAAACUGUACGACGGCUUCCAGUACCUCACCAACGGCAUCAUGUGACCUGUCCUGUGUGUGUGUGUGUGUGUGUGUGUGUGUGUGUGUGUGUGUGUGUGUGUGUGUGUGUGUGUGUGUGUCUCUCUUUUUGCGAAUGGAACACAGGUUUCUCUGAAUUCCAGAGAAUUUUCGCUCGUACAAAACAGACUGAAGCUACGUCUCCAUUUCUUACGGUGUGUGUGUGUGUGUGUGUGUGUGCAUCUGUGUGUGUGUGCGUCUGUGUGUGUGUGUGUGCGUGUGUGUGUGUGUGUGUGUGUGUGUGUGUGUGUCUACAGACUGAUGUUUUAUAACUCGACUGCAGAGACUUUGAGCCUCCCUCUGAUAGUCUUUUUGUUUUAGUCUCUUAUUCCAGCUUCUUCUUCUAUAGAGAAGUGAAGUCCCGCCCCUUCCUGUGUGUAAGUCCCGCCCCUUCCUGUGUCCAGCGUGGGACUUUAUUUCAGUUGAAAUGUGACCGGUAGUGAACGGGGAGAGGAUCAUAAUGUUCUGAUCCUGUUGAUUAGGACAUGAAUUCCACAGCUGAUGUUAGUCAGGUUAAAGAUCAUUGGUCAGGUGGAGGAAGGCUCAGUUUGGGGUAGUACUGUUGAAGUAUCAGGCUGUAAAAAUACUUCAUUAGGAAGGCUCAGUUUGGGGUAGUACUGUUGAAGUAUCAGGCUGUAAAAAUACUUCAUUAGGAAGGCUCAGACUGGGGUAGUACUGUUGAAGUAUCAGGCUGUCAAAAUACUUCAUUAGGAAGGCUCAGACUGGGGUAGUACUGUUGAAGUAUCAGGCUGUCAAAAUACUUCAUUAGGAAGGCUCAGACUGGGGUAGUACUGUUGAAGUAUCAGGCUGUCAAAAUACUUCAUUAGAAAGACUCGUCAUUAUUGUUUUAGAGGG